ACGAGAUGCAUGCAGUGAUUGAGGCAGGGAUGAGCAAGGAGGAGGAGGAGGAGGAGAGGUAGCGAGCUAGCAGAGGCUUACAAGGGAUUUCAAGUCAACAUGAAGCUCAGCCCCUCCGUCUGGAAGGAACUGUUGCCAUCCGUUGAGCCACCAGGUCGACGAAGAGAUGCGUCUCAAAGUUCGAGCGAAAGAGCAUGCCAUGAAACUCAAGGGGCUGGGAUGUGCGCAAGGGGACAGAGGACCUCUCGGCGUCGAGGUGAAUGGAUCUCGAUGCUCAGAGAGGAUGGACGAGGAGGACUGUCGGUCUCGAACACCUGGCGGAGGGCUUCGGCAGUGCUUUACUCGCUCGCGAUCAUCGUUGCGUGCCAACCCUGCGGUUGUACAGAGAUGAUGGGAGAUUUCGCGUCUGGAUUUCCCAGAGCUCCCACAUCUGAACGAUGCGUGCAUUCUCAGUAUCCUCCUUCAUACUGGCCUCCAAGUGGCAACAACCAUUUCUCUUUUCAACCCCCUCCUGAGCAAGGUUCGCUGGCCCAUAUCCUGAUGCCGGAGCACCAAAGUUCUUCGACAUCGCCAACAUCACCUUCAGCAUUUCCUCCAGACUUUGAUCCUUCAUUGUACAACAUGCCUCAGUUCCAACAAUUCGGCAUGCCUGGAUGCGAUGAUACACCUGGGAAUGGUUAUGAUUCUUUCGUCCAAGAUAUGAAUGAUCCUGGUUCGCAUAAUCUUCAAGGCAAUUCCAUACCUGAUCUGGGUGAUUUGUUGUGCAUGUUUCACUGGAUCUGCAAUUGGAG